AUGGCCACGCUCGGACAAAUCAUCUUCUACAGCAUGCUCGUCAUCAUCGUCAUACUUAGUUUCUUCAUCAUCCUCUUCUUCUCUCUGGCCUUCUCAAGUAAGACCCACAGAUCUUCCAAUGUGAUAAGCAGCAGUACAAAGCCUGUCGCCAACCUUGGUGAGGAUCAGCUGCUCAGCUGCUAUCUUGACACACAAACUUCCCAAGACAAAGUGACAGUGACCUGGAAGAAGACGGACCUGAACGGCCUGGUUUACUUUUAUCAGAAUGGAGCUCCGGAUCUGACGAAUCAGGCGUCACAGUUCAGUGGGAGAACUCAGCUCUUCCCUCAGGCUGUAGUCACAGGCAAUGCCUCUCUGCUGCUGAGGAAUGUGAGACGCAGUGAUGAGGGGAAGUACACAUGCAGCAUCAGCUCCUCUAAAGGUGGAGGAGAGGUCAGCAUUCAACUCAGAACAGCAGCUUUUUCAGCGCCCACUUUCACCUUCUCAAAUGGCACCCUGUCUGCUGAGGCAGUCAGUUGGUUCCCUAAGCCAAGCGUUUCAUGGUUAAACCAAACUGAGAACAUCCUGAAUGGAAGCUCCACUUUCACAGAAAACUCUGAGGGGAUAUUCAGCAUCUUCAGCACACUGCUGUCGGUCCAAGUCAGUGACACCUACAGCUUCAGGAUUGAAAACAACUUGGUGAUGUCUCUUUCUGAGGCAACUAUAUCAGGUAGUCUAUAUACUUUUACAUUGACCUGA